CCAGAGACGAGCAGAUGGCAAAGAGCACAGAGCAGGGCACUGCUGCUGUUGCCCCAGGACACAGUCCCCAUCCACCCAGACGGCUCACAGCCUCGUUCAGACACUCAAGAAUAAGUCUAUUCAGCUUCCAGUCUCCUCUGAGCACACAUUAAAUACUGCACAAAUCCACUAGGAGUUUUCCGGGAUCAUGGUUGGACCAAAGGCCACAGAUAUACCUCCCACUACUGCUGUCAAGUGCCUAGGGGCUGGCACAGCUGCCUGCUUUGCUGACCUGCUCACCUUCCCAUUGGACACAGCCAAAGUUCGUCUCCAGAUCCAAGGAGAAUCCCAGACAGAGCAGGCAGUUCAAAAUGUUCGAUACCAGGGAUUGCUGGGCACCAUCAGGACCAUGGUGAAGAAUGAAGGCCCCACCAGCCUCUACAAUGGCCUGGUGGCUGGGCUGCAGCGUCAAAUGAGCUUUGCCUCCAUCCGAAUUGGCCUCUAUGACUCUGUCAAGCAGUUCUACACCCCCAAGGGAGCAGAAAACUCCAGCAUCAUGAUCCGGAUCCUGGCAGGAUGCACAACAGGGGCCAUGGCCGUGACCUGUGCUCAACCCACAGAUGUGGUGAAGGUGCGUUUCCAGGCCAGUGCCCAACUGGGACCAGGAAGCAGCAGAAAGUACAGAGGGACAAUGGAUGCCUACAGGACAAUUGCCAGGGAGGAAGGGAUCAAGGGCCUGUGGAAAGGAACUUUGCCCAACAUCACCAGAAAUGCCAUUGUCAACUGUGCUGAGAUGGUGACCUAUGACAUGAUAAAGGAGGCACUGAUAGACCACCACCUGAUGACUGACAGUUUCCCCUGCCACUUUGUCUCAGCCUUCGCAGCCGGCUUCUGUGCCACAAUUGUGGCGAAUCCUGUGGAUGUUGUGAAGACCCGAUAUAUGAAUUCCCCUCCUGGCCGCUACAGUAGCACCAUGAACUGUAUGCUGAAGACCCUAAGGCAGGAAGGCCCUACAGCCUUCUACAAGGGAUUCACUCCCUCCUUUAUUCGUUUGGGAUCCUGGAAUGUGAUGAUGUUUGUGACCUAUGAGCAGUUGAAAAGAGCCCUGAUGAAACUCCAGAUGUCCUGGGAAUCUUAAUUUUAACCAAAAAGAGAUUAUUGGAAUAUGGAAAUCAUAAGACAUAUAUAUAUAUAUGUAUACAUGUAUAUAUAUGUGUAUGUGUAUAUACAUAGAGAAAGACAUAAACAUUCAUGUUUGCUUGCUGCCAAACCUUAAGAAAUACCCUUUCACAGAUUGAAACUUGAAGAAAUGGAAGAAGAAAAGGUAGAUAAGAAGGAAGUUUCCAGCCUUGGAUACUCUGUCUUAGGAACAGCCUUGUCAUGCAUUGACAAGAUAAAAUCAUAAAUUAUAUUAAUUUUUGAAACAUAUCAAGGUUGAUGCCUAAUAUUUAGGCAAGAGGAAAUAAAUUCAAACAGACCUAAUUGGGAAAAUCAGAAGGUAUGGUGGAUGUAUCCUGGACAUUGGUUUAGAAAAUUAAUUGAGAGCAUUCAAGAGAGUUUAAGCAAAGAAAGAGAUGAAUAGAUAUUUAAGUUUCUACUCCCUGGGGAAUCUAGGGUAUAGCUGGCAAUUUAUUAAAAUCACAGAAGCUCAGUGCUGGAAGGAAUGUUAGAUCACAUCUAAUCUGACCUGUAUCUGAACAGUAAUUCCCUCAGUAAAGUCCUGGCCAAGUUGCAUGUCGUUUUUCUUUCAUCAUGAUUGAUGGAUGGUCCACAAGCUUUAUUGAGCACUCAGGCCCUAUUGAGCACUAGGCUCUAGAGAUGGAAUCUAAACUGAAUUCUAGAAAACUGAGGAUUUCCUAACCCAAAGAAGUAAUACUGUGUAUUAGCCUUCAGGAAGAGGCUAUGGAUUUAGGACUAACGUCCCCCUCCAGUGCUAUAGGACUAAAAAGAACUCCUUGUUCUUGGUGGCUGACAGCAGAGCAAAAGUGCUAUCAGGUCCUACCCAACAGGAAAGGUUUCAAGUACAAGCCUAAUUAUAAACUGUGUAUCUGUCAUCCAAGAACUAGCCUAGCUAAGGGCAAAAAACUUCAUUCACAUCACCUGAACACUGGCUUCCAGGUAAAUCCCUUCAGCCACAGCAAUUCAUGAAAACAGUAUACAAGGCUGGGGUAUGGCUUAGUAGGCACACAAAAAUGAGAACACAGCUCCUUGAAUAAGAAUUAUAGGGCUAGGUUGAGGUGCUUAGUAAAAUUCAAUGAGGAGGGGCAGCUAGGUGGGGCAGUGGAUAAAGCACGGGCCCUGGAUUCAGGAGGACCUGAGUUCAAAUCUGAUCUCAGACCUUUGACACUUUCUAGCUGUGUGACCCUGGGCAAGUCACUUAACCCUCAUUGCCCCACCAAAAAAAAAAAUUCGAUGAGGAGGAGGGGGAAGGGAAGAAGGAGGAGGAGGAAGAGAAGGAGAAGGAAAAAAAUUGAGACAAUUAUGUCACUGAAGGAAUUCUCUUCAGGGUAGGGAGUAAAGAUGGUAGAGUGAAAAGAGUGUUAGACUUGUAGUCAGGAGUCCUGAGUUAAAAUCUAGUCUCUAACACUAAACAAGUCAGUUGAGAUCUCCCAGAUUCAGUUUCUUCAAUUGUAAAAUGAGGAUAAUGCAUGCAGUACCUGCUUCACAGGGUUGUUGUAAGGAAAGUGUAUAGAAAAUGUUAUGGGCCCAGAGUACCCCAGAAGCAAUUUUGGGGCACAUCAA